UUCCAUAAAGAUAACCCAAUUUGGCAAUUUCAAUCCCAAAAGCAAUCCACUCUUCUCCUCUCUUCUCUUCAGAAUUACAGCCCAACAAUGGAGAAACAGAGUAAGCCGAAGAACAACAACAACAACCAUCACAACGUACUGAAGUUCCUCAAAGCAGCUUCCUCGAUCAACUUCAACAACCCACCUUUCAGCCCGACCCGAGACCCGAACCACAAUACCCAUACCAACAAUAAGCAGCAGCAGCAGCCCUUCUCCGACCACAAUAAGGUACCGAAUUACCAGGGGAAUUACAGAGGAUUCUCCGGCCCGAUUUUCCUGCCGAAGGUUCCCCGACAAGUCCGCGGGCAAUUCAAGUCCGGCGAGGCGGCCGAGGAGCCGACGUCGCCGAAGAUCUCCUGCAUCGGGCAAAUCAAGCACAAGAAGUGCGGUAGCAAGAAGGCAGCGGUUCUUCCCAAGCCGGCGGCGAAAGAGAAGAAACAGAGCAAGAAGUCGUCGGAGCAGAAAAACCCGAAGCCCCAAGCCGGGUCGCCCGGGAUCUGGAAGAUAUUCGGCUCCGCGUCGUUCAAAUUGGGGCCGUCGUCCGCUCCGGGGAGGAAGAGGAGAUCCAACAGUACUUCCGCCGCCGACAAUUUAUUUGUCUCCGACGAAGAGGGCGGGGAAAGGGCGACGACGGCGAUGGGAUCGGGGCAGCCGCUGCCGGACCGGGCGCCCGGUUUGAGUCAGAUGAGGCGGUUUGCGAGCGGGCACCGGGACGGGUUGGGGGAUUUUGAUUGGACGGCUCGGAUUGUGCCAGAUCAUGAUCAGUUUAGCCGGGGGUAUGACUCCGAUGGUGACGAUGGCGGGUACAGCGACGAUGAGGUGGGAGCGAAGGAUACGAUGAUUCCCUUCUCGGCGCCGAUUCGGAUCGGUACGGCUGCUGACGUGGAAGGAUUGAGGCUGAGACCCCGGAAAGAAGUGAACCUGUGGAAGAGGCGGACCAUGGAGCCGCCCCGCCCGCUCCAGGUGGUCGGGUCGGGUUCUUUUCAUUGAUUAAUUGAUUUUUUUUAAUAACAAUUUUUGGAUGGAAAUGUGAAACAAAAGCGACGUGUACUGUAGCUAUCGAUAAAUUGUUGAUUAGUCAAAUUUUAAUAAUUAAGUCACAACUCUCUUCUUUGUAAACAUGUAAAUCUCUAGGACUUGGGAGUUCGUAUUUUUGCAUUUGGAUUUGUUUUGCUUAAAAAAAAAACAAAUUGGUAAUCUCACAUUGUUAGUUUAGUCCAACACUAUUGAUGCAGUAAUCAACAAUCAUUAGUAAGAGGAGAUAUCUUUAUUAUCAAUUGAUCCGAAGACAUGGAAAGGGAUGUUUUUAUGUCCGCAACAGAAGCCCAAGCUCAUGGAAUUGUGGAUCUCUUUAUAAAUUUUUACAGAGUAA